ACGUAUGAAUCAUUAAUUAAUAAAUAUUCACAUGUUAUUAGUUGGCUUUUCACGGUCUUUGACGUGCUUGUCUUUGACUGUACCUUUAUUAUAUCCCUGUGUCUUCGCUAGAGUAUCUAGUUUUCGUUUACCGCAACGUGCUUUUAAUUUAUCAAUAGCAACAUUUUCUAACUGUAAAAUGUCGCCCAUUAGAAUGGGUUCUGACGAAUCAACAUUUAAUCCCUCUGAGGAGGAGUUAACUGUGUUUGACCGUAUAGUUGAUGGUAGUAUUCCUUGUGUUAAGGUCUAUGAGGAUGAGCACAUUCUUGCUUUUCAUGAUAUCAAGCCGGUUGCUCCAGUUCACUUUUUGGUGAUUCCAAAGCGUCAUGCCGGCUUAACUCGUUUGAGUAAUGCCACUGAUGCUCAUGCUAAGAUUUUGGGUUAUAUGAUGGUCAAGGUUGCUGAGAUAACUCGAAGCCUUAACAUUGGUGAUUAUCGUCUGGUUAUUAAUGACGGUGCUGGUGCGGGUCAGCAGAUAUUUCACUUGCAUAUGCACGUUAUUGCUGGCCGUCAGUUGAGCUGGCCUCCAGGGUAAAC